CUUCAUUCGCCCUUUCAUCAGACCUAUAAAAGAGGAGAAAGCAAAACCCUAAUUCUAAAGUUAGAGAUAGACAGCCGCGGAAAUCAGUAGCACCCAUUGGAAGAUCAUCACUAAGCCGGCGGAAUUGUCGCUUAAUUCUCCAUCUAAACACAUCCUUGAAUACCCAAUUCAUCGUCAUGGGAUCAAACGAAGGAGCUACUUCAAUGGAGGUGGAAAACUCGACGGCCAAUCCAAACCCUGCAUCUAUUCCAUCCAAGCCAAUCUUCGAACCCUUAAAGGCUCACGAGAUAUCUGAAGGCAAAAUCCAGGUCCGAAAGGUUCCAGUUCCUCCUCAUCGCUACACGCCGCUGAAGAAAGCCUGGAUGGAUAUCUACACGCCGAUAUACGACCAUAUGCAUAUUGACGUCCGGAUGAAUCUGAAAGGUAGAAAGGUUGAGUUGAAGACCCGGGCAGAUACCCCAGACGUCAGCAACUUACAAAAGUGUGCUGAUUUUGUCCAUGCUUUCAUGCUUGGUUUUGAUGUAAUUGACGCCUUGGCUCUUCUGCGUAUGGAUGAACUGUAUGUAGAGUCGUUUGAAAUAAAGGAUGUGAAAACUCUUCGUGGGGAGCAUCUAUCUAGGGCAAUUGGAAGGCUUUCUGGGAAGGAUGGGAGGACAAAGUUUGCAAUUGAAAACUCGACAAAGACUCGAAUUGUGAUUGCAGAUACUAAGAUUCAUAUGCUUGGAUCGUUUGCAAACAUUAAGGUGGCUAGGGAUUCACUUUGUAGUCUCAUUCUUGGGUCUCCUGCUGGGAAGGUUUACUCUAAGCUUAGAGCUGUGUCUGCUCGGUUAGCUGAGAGGAGUUGAUCUUAUUUUUGAUCUUCUUGUUUUGUUUUGAGAUAUUAUUAUAUAUGCAGAUAAUCCUUUUUGUCAAAAGGGUUGGAAGCAAUCUCUGGUUCCUUUCCAUUACUAUGUUAUGAUAAACUAAGAUUGAUUGAUUUAUAUGGUUGAUAGUUUUGUU